AUGAAGAAAGUACUUUCUGAUCGAGAUAUCGCCUCUUGGUUCAUUGAAGACUAUGAAAAACAUAGAUCAGACCCUACCCGAGCGCGAUGGUUGAGUGGUGAUACUGCUACACUAGUCGUAGCUGGCAGCGACACAACUGCCCCGAGCCUAACACUUCUAUUCUACUUCCUCGCCCGAUACCCCGACCACGCCGAGAAAAUCCACGAAGAACUACAAGAGAUCAAUAUAGAAGACCCAGCACUUCUAUCAACCCUCUCCCACCUGAACGGAACGAUAAACGAAGCAAUGCGCCUCCUACCAGCAGUCCUAACAUUCAGCUCUCGAGUAACACCACCAGAAGGCCUAGUAAUUUGCGGAAUAUUCAUCCCAGGAAACACGAAAGUCUGUGCGCCACGGUAUACAAUUGGUCGACUCGAGACCGCGUAUGUCAACCCCCACGACUUCAUUCCGGAGCGGUGGUACAGCCGACCAGAGCUGAUUAAGGACAAGAGGGCUUUUGCUCCUUUUGGUAUUGGACGAACGAGCUGUGUUGGGCGUCAUUUGGCACUUGCACAGAUUCGUCUUCUUGCUGCUGCAUUAGUAUCUCGGUAUCGGGUCCGAUUUGCGCCCGGUGAAAAUUGGGGUGAGGCAGUCGAAAGGGAUAUGAGGGAUCAGCUUACUGCUCAGCCUGGGCCUUGUCGGCUUGUUUUUGAGCGUCGGUGA